AUGAAUGAGAAUCCUCCCAAGCCGAUGGCCACAGCGGCCACAACAGGUGUAAGUGCCGCAGGUGCUACGGCUUCACCACCACCACCAGCACCACCGGUAGUCGCCAGCGGCGGUGUCAGCGGCGUGGAGGACGGGGCCGCGGCCGAAGGAACCGGAGCUAACAAUCAACCGAAACGAACACCACGGCGACCGGGAAAAGUGCAGCCGGAGCGUCCGAAGCGCGUCUUCUACUGCCUGACGGAUAAGAAUCCGUUGCGAGUUGUGUGCACCAAAGUGGUCGAGUGGAAGCCAUUUGAAUAUUUGAUAUUGCUAACGAUAUUUGCCAACUGUGUUGCACUGGCAACUUAUACUCCAUUUCCAAAUGGCGACUCAAACGCUACCAAUGCUAUGUUGGAAAAGGUAGAGCAUGUAUUUCUUGUCAUAUUUACACUGGAAUGUGUGAUAAAGGUGAUUGCUAAUGGAUUUAUUAUGCAUCCCGGAGCCUACCUUCGGAGUCGAUGGAAUAUGUUGGAUUUCACAAUAGUUUUAAUUGGCAUGAUCAGUACGACGCUGUCCAGCAUUAUGAAGGACGGAUUCGAUGUGAAGGCUCUUCGCGCAUUCAGAGUUUUACGUCCUUUGCGAUUGGUUUCGGGAGUUCCGAGCUUACAGGUGGUUCUCAAUUCUAUCCUCCGGGCCAUGGUCCCACUGUUACACAUCGCACUCCUGGUACUGUUUGUGAUCAUUAUCUACGCCAUCGUUGGCCUCGAAUUGUUUUCAGGAAAAAUGCAUAAAACAUGCUUCCACAACAUUACUGGAGACAUGAUGGAAGACCCAACACCAUGCGGGGAAGGUGGCUAUCAAUGUAACACUGUUGGUCCACAAUGGGUCUGCCGUUACUACUGGGAAGGGCCAAACUUUGGUAUCACCAACUUUGAUAAUUUUGGCCUUUCGAUGCUUACCGUGUUUCAAUGCAUUACGCUGGAAGGAUGGACGGAUAUGUUGUAUUACAUUGAAGACGCCAUGGGCAGCAAUUGGCAAUGGAUUUACUUCGUCUCCAUGGUCAUCCUGGGAGCGUUCUUUGUAAUGAAUCUUAUUCUCGGUGUGCUAAGCGGUGAGUUUUCCAAGGAGCGCACGAAGGCAAAAAGCCGGGGAGAUUUCCAGAAGCUUCGCGAGAAGCAACGCAUCGAGGAAGACCUUAAGGGCUACCUGGACUGGAUCACGCAAGCAGAGGAUAUUGAAGCGUAUCAGGAUCCCCCAUCGACGGGGAAACUGAUGCCGGACGCGAUGCUGAAGGCGGUCGGCACCGUCGACGGGUCCGAAUGUGUAGGUAUUGGCAUUAUUCCUAACUCCGACUCCGCCGAAGCCAAAGCUAGCCCCGACAAGGGUUUGGACUACAUGCAGUCACGCUCGGAGUCGUGGUACAAUCGGCGGGUGAGAGCCUGGGACCGGUUGAACCGUAAGAUGCGUCGCUCCUGUCGCAAGGCGGUUAAGUCCCAAGCGUUCUACUGGUUGAUAAUCAUUCUGGUGUUUCUCAACACUGGCGUGCUGGCCACGGAGCAUUACCACCAACCGCAGUGGUUGGAUGAUUUCCAAGAGUACACCAACAUGUUCUUUGUGGCCCUCUUUUCGCUGGAAAUGUUCCUCAAAAUGUACAGUCUGGGCUUGCAGGGAUACUUCGUGUCGCUGUUCAAUCGAUUCGAUUGCUUCGUGGUCAUCGGCAGCGUGAUCGAGGUGUUGCUGACCAACACACAAAUGAUGCCUCCAUUGGGUAUCUCUGUGCUGCGUUGUGUUCGCUUGUUGCGCGUCUUCAAAGUCACAAAAUACUGGCAGUCUUUGUCAAAUCUCGUAGCGUCGCUGUUAAAUUCCAUACAAUCGAUUGCCUCCCUGUUGCUUCUGCUCUUUCUGUUCAUCGUGAUAUUUGCUCUCCUGGGAAUGCAAGUAUUCGGUGGACGGUUUAUUUUCAACUCCAUGGACAACAAACCACGGUCCAAUUUUGAUAGUUUUGUGCAGAGUCUUCUCACUGUGUUUCAGAUACUUACCGGCGAAGAUUGGAACGCUGUUAUGUAUGAUGGAAUUCAAGCAUACGGUGGAGUCGCCUCGUUUGGAAUUUUAGCGAGCAUUUAUUUUAUUAUUUUGUUCAUUUGUGGUAACUACAUACUGCUAAAUGUGUUCUUAGCCAUUGCGGUCGACAACCUGGCUGAUGCCGAAUCGCUUACUGCCGUCGAGAAAGAGGAUGAUGCCGACACGGAGUUGGAAAAUUUGGCCGAUAAACCGGACAGCGAAGCGGCUAACGAAGACAACGAGAAUGAAGAGGAGAUUUCGUCAGAGGACGACGGCGGCCAGGCAACCAACGACGAGGAUGUUGAAGACAGGCGAGCUCACAGUCCUUGGUUGAACAAAUUCGAUGAACAAAACGUGGAAAAGACUAGUAAAAAUACUUUUGCCGCGAAAUCUGCCACCAAAGCAAAGAACACUAAAACUGCAUCAGCCGCGUUUGAAGAGACGAAAAAAACGCGCAUCAGUAGAGUAGUGAUCCAAGAGCCAUACGAAUCUAUCGAAAUACCAAACGAUCGCGCUUCCGUCCACACGACAUACGCCAAACGAUUGUCCGAGGCUGUCGUAUCCAGUAGUCCCAUACCUAUAUCGGAUGAAAAGUCACUUUUUCUUCUGAAGCCUACAAACAGAUUCCGCAAGUUCUGUCACUGGCUCUGCAACCAUACCGUGUUCGGAAACAUUAUCCUGCUAUGCAUUAUGCUGUCCUCGGUAAUGCUGGCCGCCGAAGACCCGUUGAACGCAAAUUCGGAACGAAAUCAAAUUCUUAACCAAUUUGACUACUUCUUCACCGCCGUUUUCGCCAUCGAGCUCGUGCUGAAGGUGAUCGCUUACGGAUUUAUUCUUCACAAGGGAGCUUUCUGUCGGUCGGCGUUUAAUUUGCUCGAUCUGCUGGUAGUUAGCGUCUCACUGGUAUCGAUGCUGUUCAGCUCCGGUACCAUAUCGGUGGUGAAGAUUCUUCGAGUUCUUCGGGUUCUACGGCCGCUCAGAGCGAUCAAUAGAGCAAAAGGACUGAAGCACGUGGUGCAAUGCGUCAUUGUAGCAGUCAAAACCAUCGGAAACAUUGUAUUGGUUACAUUUUUACUGCAAUUCAUGUUUGCUGUGAUCGGUGUGCAAUUGUUUAAGGGUAAAUUCUUCUCCUGUUCCGAUCGGUCGAAAUACGAAGAGUCCGAUUGUCAUGGAACCUACUUGGUGUUCGAGGAUGGAAACGUGGACAAACCGGUAUCCAAAGAAAGAGAAUGGUCCAACAAUCGGUUUCAUUUCGAUGAUGUACAGAAAGCAAUGCUCACACUUUUUACCGUGUCCACCUUCGAAGGCUGGCCGUCCCUGCUGUAUGUGUCCAUCGAUUCGCAUACGGAAAAUUUUGGCCCAAUAUACAACUAUCGGCCGCUGGUGGCGACGUACUACAUCAUCUACAUCAUCGUGAUCGCCUUCUUCAUGGUCAACAUCUUCGUUGGUUUCGUCAUCGUGACGUUCCAGAACGAGGGCGAACAGGAGUAUAAAAACUGCGACCUGGACAAGAACCAACGCAACUGCAUAGAGUUUGCGUUGAAGGCAAAGCCGGUGCGCCGGUACAUCCCGAAUGAUGAUCGGAUACAGUACCAGGUGUGGUGGUUCGUCACCUCGCAGCUGUUUGAGUACACGAUCUUCAUACUGAUCAUGAUGAACACGAUCACGCUGUCUAUGAAGUUCUAUCGCCAACCGCAGCCAUACACGGAGUGGCUUGACGUGCUGAAUCUGGUUUUCACCGCUGUGUUUGCACUGGAGUUUGUAUUCAAACUUGCCGCCUUUCGAUUUCAGAACUACUUUGGCGAUGCUUGGAACGUCUUUGAUUUCAUCAUUGUACUGGGAAGUUUUAUCGAUAUCGUUUACUCUGAAGUGACCACCAGCAGCGGCACAAAGGGAGCGUCGACGAUUAUUUCGAUCAAUUUCUUCCGACUAUUUCGCGUCAUGCGGCUCAUCAAGCUGUUAGCACGUGGCGAAGGCAUCCGCACGCUUCUGUGGACAUUCAUUAAAUCCUUUCAGGCCCUUCCCUAUGUUGCCUUGCUGAUCGUGAUGCUGUUCUUCAUCUAUGCCGUAAUAGGAAUGCAGGUUUUUGGUCGUAUUGCGUUGGACGACGAAACGGCGAUACACAGGAACAAUAAUUUCCAAACCUUUCCUCAGGCUAUUUUGGUUUUGUUUAGGUCAGCGACUGGUGAAGCCUGGCAAGACAUUAUGUUGGACUGCUCCGCGCGUGCAGAAGUUCGGUGUGAUGAAGAGUCCGAUGAAAAAAACCCUAUGGAAGGCUGCGGGUCAAACUUCGCUUUCCCGUACUUCAUCUCGUUCUACGUGCUCUGCUCGUUCCUGAUCAUCAACCUGUUCGUGGCCGUCAUCAUGGACAACUUCGACUAUCUGACGCGUGACUGGUCGAUCCUGGGUCCGCACCAUCUGGACGAGUUCGUGCGCCUCUGGAGCGAGUACGAUCCGGACGCGAAGGGGCGCAUCAAGCACCUGGACGUGGUGACGCUGCUGCGCAAGAUAUCGCCCCCACUCGGUUUCGGCAAGCUAUGUCCGCACCGGGUGGCCUGCAAACGGCUGGUGUCGAUGAACAUGCCACUCAACAGUGACGGAACAGUGCUGUUCAACGCGACCCUGUUCGCGGUGGUGCGCACCUCGCUGAAGAUCAAAACCGAGGGCAACAUCGACGACGCCAACAUCGAGCUACGGCACAUCAUCAAGCAGAUCUGGAAGCGCACGAGCAACAAGUUACUCGAUCAGGUCGUACCGCCGCCUGGCGUAGACGACGAGGUGACGGUGGGCAAGUUCUACGCCACCUACCUCAUCCAGGACUACUUCCGGCGGUUCAAAAAGCGAAAAACAGUGGAUCGUAAUUCCGAGCCAUCCUCGCACAUGACGCUGUUGGCAGGAUUGAGGAUAUUGCACAAGCGAGGGCCCAAAAUCAAACGUAAAAUUUCGGGCACCCUGCAUGAGAGUGCUUCAACGAAUAACCCCGAACCAUCGCACAGGAGAAAUCAUAACCUUUUUGGAAUAUCUUGGCCUACUUCAGCCGCGCUAAAGAAGCGUUACUUUGCCAAUGAAUCCGUUGUUCGCUCUACUCGACCGGAAAAUCGUCCGGUUCGACCUCCUCGCACCUACGCCACCCUCAACAAAGGCUUCAGAGACGUCAACAAGGCGAUACUGUACGGUUUCCGGUCGAUGCAUGAUCACAAUCCGUUAAAGGGCAAGGACGAUGGAGAUACUGGCAACGAGGGCUCGUUGAAGCCUCUAUGCUUUGGCGAAAUCUAUUCAAAGCAAACGAGCCGCGUAGUAAAUGCCAAAGAAAGUGACGCUUAAUGUUUAAAUUGACAAUAUUUUAAACUAAGCUUGUGGUGUGUGGUUUGAAAGUGUGAUAUGCGUGUGUUGUUUGGAAUUAGUUUUGACCUGCAGUUUGCAGUAAGAAAUAAACAACGUGAC